AUGCUUAUUUCAAUCGAAAUAAUGCUAUUAGCUAUAACAUUCCUAAUAUUGGUAAGUUCACUUAAUAUGGAUGAUAUAAUCGGUCAAACUUAUGCUAUUUAUAUAAUAGUUGUUGCAGGUGCAGAAUCUGCCAUAGGUUUGGGUAUUUUAGUUGCUUUCUAUAGAUUAGCUUCAAACUAUACUUUUAGUUGUAAGAAUACAACUAAUUCUUCGUACUGUAAAACUCUUAAUAAAGUUUCAGACUUAAAGGCAAAAAAUCGCCUUUUAAGCGUAAGACCUAAAACUUUCGUUAGAAACUAUUCCCAUUUAAUCCAAAAAAAAGGGUUAGUUUACACCCUUGAUUUAUAA